ACAGAAAGUGUAUAGUUCCUAUUGUAGCAUGUGGUGGUAUUCACAGUCACCUGAUCCAUGUUGAGAUGCAAGCAAAAAAAAAACCGCGACAUUUCUAUGUAACGAGGUAUCCUUGAUGUUCGAAGCCGCCACGACAUUGUAGGUGUUUAACUUAAUAUUCCUGCUCUGCGGAUUACAUGGAAGGAGCAGACAAUCGUCCCUUUCGCAUUGGUAACACGGUUCGAGCCCUGAACUCCGCUCUGCGUGGCGAUCCGGAGAAUGUGGCUGCGGCUGUGGGUUCGUCCAGGACGACGAACGAGCCCGAUAAACUGUGGUUCAAGGAAAGUAGCGCCAAGAAUCUCAGAAAUCGGGACUUCUUGUCGCCGUCAUCGGUCCUUACCACACUGUAUGCAAACGGACAGGUGCCGGCCACUGUUUUGGGACGGGUGCUGUCAGUGGGAGGCAACGGCGUGCUGCCAAUAGCUGGGGGUGAGAUGACCGUGGAAGGACUCCGGCUGCGAGUGGACCGGGUGUCGGUGUUUCAGGAGGUUCUGGGUGGUUUGCAUCCAUAUCUAAAGCCGUCGGGCCAAGGGCAGGGCCACGUAGUGUUAAACUGCCCGGCUCUCUACCCCAAGCGUUGCCUGUCGUCUUCCGAAACUAUCACUCUGGGACAGCUUCGGACAGUGUUGUUGGCCGACCACCAGGCGGCGCUGUUGACGAAGAAGGGAUUUUCAGUGUCUUUCUGCCCUGCACUACCUGAGGGCACUGACAUCGUCCAUGUCCUUAAGUCUGUCGGUGUGGAAUGGCCCACGGUGCCAGUCUGUUCAGCCAAUGGCAAGAGAGAAGAGGAACUGUGGGAGGUGUUUAAGAAUUCGCCAUAUAGAGACUCUGAAGAGGAACUGAGUGGAGGAAUGGAGAUGGAGGGAGGGGGGAGUGAAAAGGGGACCAAGACUGUGAGGAUAAACUUGAAAAAAGCAGUUCAGGAGAAGAGUCUUCAGGGAUAUGACCCAAACCUUGGGGUCUGCACAGUCCAGGAAGAGAGUGUGUACCAGUUAGGACAGUUGGAAGCAGCUGUCGUCAAGGGUGCAGCCCCCAUGGUGCUCCAUGUCACAUCGUCCCAGGAUGAGUUUCGCCAGCAGCAGGUGGAUGUCCUGUGGAGAGUGGGGGGUGCCAGGGCCACUCAGAAACACAUGGUAUGUGGACCAGUCAAGACACCCGGUUCACAGAUUAACGCCGUGAAGUACAUCCAGUUACGUAGAGCACAGAUGAAAGAGGCUUCAGAGAUUAAAUACAGAGAGAAAGUGGAUGGACAGGCGUGGGAUGACAUCAUCCAGGUCAUGACUUCAGCCACCGUGAGGUUUGAGCUGCUGUCGACGGUCCAUUCGAGUCCGGUGACCCUGGAUGUGCAGAGGGAAGGGGGCGUGUCCACCAAAGGCCCCAGGGGCGGAGUCUUUGUCAUGUACAACUGUGCCCGUCUGCACACGCUCUUCAGCAGCUACGAGCAUGCGGUGGAGCAGGGACUUUACCCAGAAAUUCCAAAUGUAUCUCAGCUGGAUUUCUCUUCCCUUAAAGAAGAGGGGGAAUGGCUUUUGCUGUUCAAUUACCUAAUUCCUUUUUCUGAUCUACUGGACCAAUUAGGACAGUCCCUGGAAGAAGGUGGGGGCGGGGCCAGAGUUGGCAUGAAGACAGAGCAGAUCUGCAGGUUUCUGGUGUCUCUUACUAAGGACUUCAGCUCCUACUACAACAGAGUUCAUGUUCUUGGGGAGCCAAUGCCUCAUUUGUAUAAUCAGAUGUUUUGCCGGCUGCAGCUGCUUGGGGCACUGAGAGAACUUUACCACUGUGCCCUGGACACCCUACAUUUACCUCCGAUUCCACAACUAUAGUCCAUUUAACGGCACGACCCAGGCUGAGGACCCUUAAGCCAGCUACAGUGAUGCGUUUACACAUAGGAUACUGUACACACAGGUGCCCCCCCUGUUUCUAGUAGGGUGCUACAACCCUAUAUUUGGCUGCCCCUUUAUGCACAAAAUGAUUGAAGUACUAUUUUACAAACAGGACCCAUAAAGAUUUUAGGUAGCAGAGAAUUCUGUGAUCCAGACACUGACCCUGUGCCAUAUUUAUUACUCCUUAGGUGUGGCUGCAUCUAAUGUCACUUUACAUUCUUUGUGCCAAAUUCUGGAAUAUUCCCUGGUGGAUGCAGGUUCUCAGGUGGGGAACCGGAUUUCAUCAUGAGCAUAAAUAUUGUGAGAUUCCUUUUAAUAAAUGAAGAUGUUUAUGUGAAA